UGGGAGUGAUGCGAGUUCUCCUGGGUCCGCCGCCAGUCAGUCUAGUUGUGGGUCUGAACACUGACGCCUCGUUGAGCAGCAGACGCGCAUCCCUUGUGGCUUUUCCGAAUUUCCCAGCCAGGUGGAAAGCUGUGCCAGCCAAAAAUACAUUCGUCGCGAAACUCCGAGCCAAGUAAAGUGAAGUGCUGUCCUGUGCUGAAAUCUUUUAGCGUGCUCAUUGAACAUUUAACAGAUUUUGUAGACAUAUGUUAACAUUUUAAUCAGGCCAAUCAGCAGGAAGUGAAGAGGUUUCAAAGAUGCGUCGCCAGCAGACAAGAUAUCGCAGCGAUUCGAUAGCGAGUCCUUCGGGGAGUCGAAAGCCCUCCAUUUCGGUGGCCAGCCCAUCGCCCUUAGCCAGUGGAUCGCCCACCAGGCGGGAGUCCUUGGUGAAGCCCACCUGGCAGCACAUCACCCCCGGCCAAUUGCCACCGAAAACGCUGGACAAGAUCAACGGCAUUGCCUCCGAUGACUCCGAUGACGACGGCUAUCCGAAGCGGCGACCCAGCGUGAUUGUCCACCAGCGCCAGCAGUCCAUCUCCCAGCAGCCCCUGCUGCCGGAGUACAUGACCUCGAUGGCCAAGUUCCGGGAGCAAAUACCACAGACAUCGCAGCAGCAUCCGCCAUCUGGCAAUGGUUUCAUGGCCCGUCUGAAUAGCGUUCGAUUGGCCGCUGGUGCCGAACAGCAGCCCCUCCUCGAUUCCGGUGGCGGAGGAGGAGGAGGCGGUGGUGGCGGCGGAGCGGGUGGGGUAACCACUGUGGCCAGGCCAUCUGUUGCAGCCAAUCCACCUGCGCCGGGACCCGGAAUCGAGGGAGCCAGCGCCACGCUCUGCAAGAACGCCGGACGAGCACUCAUCCGCAUGAUUUCAUCCAACAAUGCGCCGGAGGAGGAGGACGACUUCGAUAUCAUGGGCAAGGUCAUAAUGCUGGGCGAUUCGGGAGUGGGCAAGACCUCGCUUUUGAUCCGUUUCCGCGAUGGUCGCUAUGUGCCGAGCUAUUUCCUCAGCACAGUCGGCAUUGAUUUUAGGAACAAAGUGGUGGUCGUCGAUGGAACCCGCGUCAAGCUGCAAAUAUGGGACACGGCCGGACAGGAGCGAUUCCGGAGCGUUACCCACGCCUACUACCGCGACGCCCACGCGCUGCUGCUGCUAUACGACGUGACCAACAAGACCACCUACGACAACAUUCGCGCCUGGCUGGGCGAAAUCCGGGAAUACGCGCAGGAGGACGUGGUCAUCGUUUUAAUAGGCAACAAGGCCGACUGCAGCAGCAGCGAGCGGCAGGUGAAGCGGGAGGACGGGGAGCGUUUGGGGAGGGAGCACAACGUGCCCUUCAUGGAGACCUCGGCCAAGACGGGACUCAACGUGGAGCUGUCCUUCACAGCGGUGGCCAGGCAGCUGAAGAGCCGCGGCUACGAGCACGGCGAUGAUGGAAAGUUCAAUGUGCAUGAUUUUGUGCGUGACAAUACAAAGGCGCGCUCCGUUUGCGCCCAGUGCAGAAACAUGUAAUUGGCCAGCCCGCGAAUAACAAAAGCCAUAUCCUCCCGAUUCCGCGCACAAAGACAACAAUAAACCGGCAUUCAGAUCAAAGGGACGUGGGCAACUCAGAAGGAUACCGAAUGGGAAGCGUAUUGUGGAGCACGGAUGGCAGAGUCGAACUUCUGCAUUUAAUGAGACACACUCGAAAAAAGAACACACAAAGACAUAAGAUGGCACCAAUUUUGUAAGACCCUAGUGAGGUGGUAGAUUAUUCGGUAUGUUUUGUAUGUAAAUGGGAGUUUCGGGGUGGGAAUUUUUAGGGCAGGCCAUUGGCAUUGCGGCGUAAAUAGGCCAAUGCAUAAAUAUUGAAUAAUAUAUAUAUACAUAUAUACAAAUAUCCAUUAUACAACUGCAAAAAUUACUUUAAAUCGAGCGAUGAGGAGAAACGCAGCAAAAUCAUGCAACAUUGAGAUUUAUCCAGCACGCCGUUUUGGACUUCGCUGAGGAUCGUUUGCUUGGAAAUAUUGACCUACCUAAAAACCCAGAGGAAAUCUCGAGAAGUACCAAAUCCAAUUAAUGAGAAACAAUCACUCAAUUUACCUACUAUUAGUUCUAUUGUUUUACUCCUAAUUGUUAAGUGUUAUGGCCUAUCGUUAAGUUUUAGACCCUCUCGAGGCCCCUGGAAAUUAUUUACACAGCCCACUAAUUAAUACCCUACGCAACUAAGUUAAUUACUACUACCUACGUCUAAUCUAUGUAAGGCCAACCAAAACCCAUUCGAAAAUAUUUUGAACAGCGCGCCAAAGCGACGGUUGCGAAUAAUCAAAGGCAGUUGAACCUAUUACUAUACUGAGCUACUACAGCCAAGAAAAAGAACCCGACGCAUGCAUAUAUCACGGCAUGGAUGUAAACUAGCUACUAAACAGCGUUAUAUUCAAGCAGACGUCAAGUCUAUACCAUAAACAGCAAAUACAUAUUUACAUUGAAUGUGGUUUAAAAAAACGA